GUUGUUCAUGCCUCGGCUGUUUCCUCUCGGAGCGCUAACUCGUGCGGUAGAGCGCCCGUGAGAGCUCACCCCGCAUGGAGCUGAGCUCGGACAGCGCGGUGGCCUCGCUGGAGAUGUCGCAGACCCAAGGCCAGGACGACGGGGCUUUUAAAAGUGACGGGGAGAGCUACGAGAGCCUGCCGCCACACGUCUCCGUAACGACCCACAUGACAGCGGGAGCCGUGGCAGGAGUGCUGGAGCACUCGGUGAUGUACCCCGUGGACUCUGUCAAGACAAGAAUGCAGAGUCUGCAGCCGGACCCUAAUGCACAAUACAGGAGUGUGUAUGAAGCUCUGAAGAAGAUCAUCCGAACAGAAGGGGUCUUCAGACCGCUGAGGGGCCUCAACAUCACUAUGAUGGGAGCGGGGCCGGCCCAUGCGCUCUACUUCGCCUGCUAUGAACGGGUGAAGCACUCACUGAGUGACAUCAUUCAGAGAGGUGGCAACAGCCAUAUUGCUAACGGUGUAGCAGGGAGUGUGGCCACCGUUCUCCAUGAUGCAGUCAUGAAUCCAGCUGAAGUGAUAAAGCAGAGGAUGCAGAUGUACAACUCUCCAUAUCGAGGACUCUGGGACUGCGUUCGAACAAUAACGCAGACCGAAGGCGUUGGGGCCUUCUACCGCAGCUACAGCACACAGCUGACCAUGAACAUCCCCUUCCAGGCCGUUCACUUCAUCACUUACGAACUGAUGCAGGAGCAGCUAAACCCCCACAGGCGUUACAACCCUGGCAGCCACAUAUUGUCGGGAGCGGCAGCCGGAGCCAUUUCGGCUGCCGUAACGACUCCCCUGGACGUUUGCAAAACGCUGCUCAACACGCAGGAGAACGUAGCGCUGAACUCCAUGAACAUCAGCGGCCACCUGACAGGAAUGGCCAACACCUUCAGGACAGUGUACCGGCUCGGCGGACCAGCAGCCUUCUUUAAAGGGGUUCAAGCUCGGGUGAUCUACCAGAUGCCCUCCACCGCCAUCGCCUGGUCGGUGUACGAGUUCUUCAAAUACUUCCUGACAAAGCAGCAGCUGGAACAAGAGGCUGGAUCUGGGCCGCUGUAA